AUGAAUCGACUGCACACAGGGUAUUUCUACAAUGGCAUCGUGUCACCUUCUGGCAGUCAUCGAACCAACCAUUUAAGAGCUGUAGUAGGUGCCAGGACUACUACUACUACCUCAGAAUGCAGAAAUCUCCUUCCUUCCCUCUACACUGAGGUGUGGAGUUGGGGGAGGGGCCAGGAAGGUCAGCUAGGUCAUGGAGACUAUUUGCCCAGGUUACAGCCUCUCUGCAUCAAGAGCUUAAGUAAAAAGGAAGUUGUCAAGAUCACUGCUGGAGCAAAUCACUCAUUGGCACUGACAGCUCAAUGCCAGGUUUAUUCCUGGGGAAGUGACAAAUUUGGACAGCUGGGUCGUAUAAAUGCUCCUAGCACAGUUCCUAAUCUCGCCAUGAUUUCUGAGGGUAUCCGUGUGUGGGACGUGGCAGCAGGGCAAACGCACACUUUGCUGCUGGCUGAUGGAGACUGUUAUCAGCCCAUACUGUACUACAGUGGAGAGCAGGUGCUGGAGAGCACUGACAGCGCUCAUCCCCUCUCCGGGACCUACACCCAGACGCCCACCCUUCUGCCCUUCUGCAUGAAUAUUGGCUAUGUGAGCAAAGUGUUUGGGGGAGGACUGAAUUGUUUGGCCUUGGCUGAUCAGAACGCAAUGGGUUUCAUAGCUACAAUCCAUGAACUCGCUUCGGCAGAGAGGAAAUUCUACUGCACCCUCAGUAAGGUGAAGAGCGAAAUCCUGAGCCCCCUGCUAGCCCGUGCGAGUUUGGCCUUGUCUCUGGGUCAGUCCUCCAUGUUGCUGUUUCAAGAGAUGGCUGGUAGUUUCAGCAAGCUUUGCCAUCUGACAGGACAGCACUCAGUAUCCCUCACCAACUUCCUGCAGCGAGGAAAAGUGAUCAAAACACUGGUCUUGAUCAAGAACACAGACCUUUUCAUGGACACAUAUAAAGAGUACUGCGAUCCAGUAGGAAACUUUCUUGUUAUGGGAGGAUUCCAGUCAUUGCUGAAGCCCUCACAAGAAUGCUUUGGGAAGAAACUGGAGUUGAUACAGACUCUGCUAGAGCCCAAGGAGAAGAACACAUCACCCUAUGAUCUGUUAGUCAACUUGUUUUAUAUGCCUUUGCAGCACCUGCAUGGGUAUAACAGAUUACUUCUGAAACUAGCCCACUGCUUUGAAGUGAACACUGAGGAAUAUGAAUGGCUUCAGAAUGGCUGCUCCAAAUAUGAAGAUUUAGCUCGUCUUGUCAGCAAGCAGAGAAGAGAUGCUGAGGCCACUUUCAGUUUCUGGAGGAACUUCAAAGGAAAGAAUUCGGAAUCCCUGCGUAAGCCGUCUCGUCGUCUGGUUUGUGAGAGCAGUAAUAAAGCUCUGACGUUACAGAAUGCUGGAAGAUUCUCUGCCAGCUGGUUCAUCCUCUUCAGUGAUGUGCUGGUUCAUGCACAGGGAACUAUUCCAUCAAAGAAGCUUUUCUCAUCUCAUUACGUCUAUCCACUUGCUACACUCUGGGUGGAGCCCAUCUCAGAUGAAAGUGUGGGCCAACAUGGCCUUAAGCUGACCACACCUGAAGAUAACUUUGUUGUUCUGGCAACAUCCCCUUUGGAAAAGGGGAAGUGGCUGAGAGCCAUUAACCAGGCCAUUGAGGACGUGCUUGCUUUAGGCCUGAACGGAAGGACACGUGUGUCUAGAAGCAGCCAGAAAGGUGACCCACCUGUGUCACGCACGUCUACCUACACUUUCAGCAAAGAGGGCCGACUCAAAGAUGCCACGUAUGAGGGCCGCUGGGUGUCAGGCAAACCUCACGGCAAAGGGACUCUGAAGUGGCCAGAGGGGACAGUUUACUGUGGCACAUUCAAGAACGGGUUGGAAGAUGGAUUUGGAGAUUUUAUGUCGCCCAACACAACCUUAAACAAGUUUGAGCGUUACCAAGGUCACUGGAAGGAGGGGAAAAUACAUGGCUUUGGCACAUUUUGGUAUGCUUCAGGUGAGGUAUACGAGGGCUCAUUCAGGGACAACAUGUGUCAUGGUCACGGCAUGUUACGGAGUGGAAAGUUAGCCUCUCCUUCCUCCAGUAGUGUGUUUGUGGGCCAGUGGGUUCAAGGCAAGAGAACAGGCUAUGGGGUGUGUGAUGACUUCAGCAGAGGAGAGAAAUACAUGGGAAUGUGGCUCGAUGACCAGCGUCAUGGAGUCGGAGUCGUUAUAACUCAGUUUGGAAUGUAUUAUGAAGGAAUCUUCUGUAAUAACAAGAUGAUGGGCAAUGGGACUCUUCUCUGUGAUGAUGACACAGUCUUUGAGGGAGAGUUUUUAGAGGACUGGACUCUGUGCGGAAAGGGCGUUCUGUUCAUGCCUAAUGGUGACUCUUUGGAUGGGGUCUUUGACGGUCACUGGGGAGCCGGUCUAAGAGUGGCUGGAACUUUUACAAAACCCUUUGAAGCUUUGAGGAGAGAAAGAAAGAUACCUGUGGCUGGUCAACACGCAGUGCCUGCAGAAGAAAAGUGGAAGGCAGUGUUUGAUGAGUGCUGGAGUCGAUUAGGCUGUGAAGGUCCUGGAGAAGGAGUGCAUGAGAAAGCCUGGGAGAACAUCGCCAUCGCCCUCACUGCCAGACACAGACAACAGAGAUAUAGUCCAGAGGAGCUGAGCCGAUCUCAAACUAAGAUGCUGGAGAGCCUUGAGGUGAUUCCUCAACAUGUGGGCCCUGUUACUGCUGACUCCUACAACAGCAUCCGUCGGUAUCUCUUGAAGGCCUGUGAUACCCCUCAUCACCCUCUGGGCUGGCUGCUGGAGACCCUUGUGACUGUGUACAGGAUGACUUAUGUUGGUGUGGGCUCUAAUAGACGCUUCCUACAGCAGGCAGUGGAGGAGAUCCAGUCGUACCUAACGCGCAUAUUUAAAAUAGUCAGGUUUCUGUUUCCUGGUCUCCCUGAGGAUGGAGGUUUUAUUUUGGAUUCUUCCAGUUCCUCAGAUGAGGGCACAGAGUCUCUUAACAGCAGUACACAUUCAGAAACACCACAGCAGGGUUGGUUAGUGAGCAGCUCAAGUCUUAUCCUGCCGGUGUUGCUGCCGAGGCUUUACCCUCCUCUCUUCACUCUCUACACACUAGAGAAAGAGAGAGAGGAGGAGGUGUACUGGAACUGUGUGUUAAGACUCAACAAGCAGCCUGAUCUUGCUCUUCUAGCCUUCCUUGGAGUACAACAAAAGUUCUGCCCAGUUUCUAUCUCUGUAUUGGGAGAGAAAAAGCAGGUCUUGCCUUGUACUAAAGACGCCUGCUUUGCAACUGCUGUUGAAACCCUGCAACAGAUCAGCACAGCAUUCACUCCCUCAGACAAGUUGCAGGUGAUACAGCUGACCUUUGAGGAGAUCACCCAGGACAUGCAGGCUCUGCUUGGGCAAGAUUUUCUGUGGUGCAUGGAUGACCUCUUUCCAAUCUUCCUCUAUGUGGUGCUCCGCGCACGGAUCAGAAACCUGGGCUCUGAAGUGAGUCUGAUAGAGGACCUUACAGACCCCAGUCUACAGCUGGGACAGCUUGGAUUCAUGUUGACAACUCUCAAGGCUUGCUACAACCAGAUUCAGCUUGAGAAGACGACAUAGGAGGGGUUGGUUUGUGAGUGGUCUUACGGAGUAGGUGCCAUUUAAAUAGACACGGAUUACAGGUCAAGUCAAGAUGUGCUUAUUUAUUUCAGGUCUCAGAAAUAAGCUCACUUUCCAUUCAUCUCUCUUAAGCACUGUUCUACAGAGAUUACUUCAAUUGUUAUAACUGUUGAGACUCUCACAUUGACCAUCUGACUGACAGUAAAGUUACCCCUUGAAAAAACAUUCAAGUACAUUUCAACACCCACAUUACCUGGGCAGAAAAGAGACUUUUUCUGUUUUAUACAAGAUAGCAGAAUAAACACUC